AACCAUUAACCACGGUCAGAGACUGUUUAACAUGGGGGGAGAGAAGAAGCCAUCCCAGGCGAUACAGGCCCAGAAACUGGCUGGAUUCUUAAGAGAGGACAGUGAAGGGGUCCUAGUAAUAGACUGCCGAUCGUUUACAGAGUACAACAAUCUCCAUGUGGUGGGUUCUGUUAAUCUCUGUGGAUCCAAACUGGCGAAGAAACGUCUUCUUAAAGAGCUUCUUGUCCUACCUCAUCACCCUAAGAUUGACCCUUCUUUUGAGAAGCAAGUUGUGGUAUAUGAUCAAGGCAGUCAAGAGCUAUCUGCUGGCCAUUUUGUCUCAUUGGUUGUAGGGAAACUGGAGAAAAAAUACAGCUCGGUUUCUCUUCUAGAAGGGGGAUUUUCAAAUUUCGCCUCACAGUUCCCGAAUUUGUGUGAAGGGCGAACCUCUAACAUUGUGCACACCAGCAUAUCGCAGCCCUGCCUCUCCACCUCAACAGUGUCUGUUACCCGUAUCCUGCCACACCUUUACCUUGGUUCCCAAAAUGAUGUCAUGGAUCAGGAGGUGAUAAAUCAGAAUGGUAUCACUCAUGUUCUGAAUGUCAGCUACAGCUGUCCAAAGCCAGUCUUCAUCUCCGAUAACAACUUUCUUCGAAUCCCCAUCAAUGACAGUUACUGUGAGAAGAUCCUGCCCUGGCUGAGUGCAGCUUUUGAGUUCAUAGGAAAAGUGGAGCUGGUUAAUGGCAGAGUAUUAGUCCAUUGCCUUGCUGGUAUCUCACGCUCUGCAGCAGUAGCAAUUGCAUAUAUCAUGAGGUCAAUGGGGCUUUCACUUGAUGAUGCCUACAGGUUUGUUAAAGAAAAAAGGCCCACUAUUUCUCCAAAUUUUAAUUUUUUGGGACAACUUCUUGAAUAUGAGAUGAGUCCUGCAAACUCACAGCAAUCGCACCUUCCUAGUCCAGUUCGGUUGGAAAGCCCCACAGAUAGAGCAUGCAGUGUUCAGCCUUCUAAUGGUAAGCCAACAAACAAGGAGCAGAGUUGCCAAAAUUAUCAUGUCACCUCGAAGUCACAGGAAAUAGAGGUGGCCAUAGAUGCUACUAAACUGGACGAUAACUUGGCAAAAGAGGAGUCUGAAUCCACUUUGACUGGCAGGUUUACAUCCAUGGGGAUCUCCUCAUACCAGCGACAUGAAAUCAGUAGCUUAAAGCGUUCUUUCUCCCUGGACAUUAAAUCUGUAUAUACUUCCUUAUCGACAGAGGCAAACAAAGAUUUGUAUAAGCCUUCCAGGUCACAGCUUGUCCCCACAAAACCUACCUCCUCUAAACCAGUGGGACUGUGGGAUCGUUUCCUUGGUUUUGGACUUAAUUUCCUUUACUUCUAUUCUGAAGAAGAAGCACAAGAAAACCAAAUGCUAGGUCACAAAAUAAGACCAAGGGGGGACUGUGAACAAGGGGAGGUUCCAGAAAACUUGAAAAAGAGGAGAGCAAACACAAAAAGCCUUGAUGAAGGACCUUCUCGUCCAUUUACUCUCAAUAUUCCCAGCUGUAAAAGCCAAACAUUCUUUAAGGAGAAGACUUUGGAAGUUGGCUCACAAGUAAGGACAAUCUCUCCAGUUCCUCUGUGAGGAACUCCCAGCUUUCAAAAAAUACUUUUGGGAUCUAACAAAUGAACAGAACAUUGUAGGUCUUGCUGGUUUUUAUUUUAUUUUUUGCCCAGAUUCUUUCUUUACCGCAUGUUCAAGACCCAUGACAGAACUGAAAAGCUUGUUGAGAAAUUUUAUGUAUUUUCAAAUGUUUCUUCAUAUUGAAUGAGCAAAACAAAAAAAAAAUUGGGGGGGGGGGGCAACAAAUGGGACUUUGGCAUUGCCAAAACUGGAGAUCUGGCCCUAUUUAUUCCUCUUCUUUUUUUUUUUUUUAGCCUAAGACUUAUGAAGGCUUUGGCUAAAUGCUUUUGUGUGCAAUUAUCUAAACUGACCUGAAGGGGUAGAAUCGCUGCUGCUGUAUAGCCUUCUUAAAGCUGAAAGAAAAAACUGUGAAUACAGUUUUUUAGUAUUUUUUCUCUAUACCAAACAAAAAGGGUGACAAAUGCUUUAUCUUGUUUCAUCUUUUUUGUUUGGGCAAUAACCUGGUGUGUUCUGACCUUUCUACAGCUAUGGACUCUUUUUAAUCCAGCUUGGUCCACAUGUCAAAAUUAUUGAAAUAUAUCAGACUGGUCCAUUGAAUUUCAUUCUUAAUGUAGAAAAGUAUUAAGUUAGUAUUGCAACAUAUAUACAUAUAUAUUUAAUUCCCCUAGGUCCUACUUGAAUGUAAGCCCUAAAAGCCAAACAGUGUCUGUGACAAUACGUUGCUGCCCUUUUACCUCAGUUUAUUGCUGUGAAAUUUAUUUAAUGAUCCCCUAGCAUGCUUGGGGUGUGCUGUCCUGCAUACAGCUACAGAAUGUCCCCCACCUCUCAGGACCCAAGGACAUAUUUUGUCCUUUUUUUACCAGCAGGUGGUAAGAGCAUACUUUAUUUGUUUAAUUUCAUUAUUUAUAUAUGUGUUGCCAUUUUUUAUUAUUGCUCAAGUUAAUAAUCAUUGGAGCCACACUAACUCGCUACUUGAGGUGGAACUUGUCAGAAGCAGCCAUUUUGUGAACUGGUAUUCGGCCUGUUAAUUUGCAAAGAACUUGAGGCAUUUUGCUCUGCUUGACCAAUAUUAAACUUACUUGACUGAAGAGA